AUAAUUAUAAGUCGACAAUGUGCAUAUGAAACUUUUAUUUGCAAUCACUUCCCAACAUCAAAAAGAACUGAAAGCAUGUGCAAGUUAGCCGUUGGUGCUGUCCUACAGCUCAUAGGAUUUGCCUUAGUGGUAGCCAAACCUAGAACUGUUGAUAAUGUUGGAUUACAUGAUACUGAAAAAAUUAUAUCACCGCAAAGACCUGCUGUCAAUCAAGACUUCCUCCAAACAAAUCAUCAGAGAGAUUAUUCAGACAACCGAGACUACCCCGGAAGACCUGAAUAUUAUUACGAUUACAAUCAAAAUUAUUACGAUUACUUAGAAGAUAACUACCAAAACUACCCCGAACAAUAUGAUAUAAUAAAACCGAGACAAAAAUUCAUACAAGCUCUAGAAAAUCCUCAACGUACCCGUCAAAAAUUCUCUAGAUCAGCGGAUUACCGUAUCCAUUAUCCCAUCGAUGAUUACCCUAAUGAUGAAGACCAUCUUAGUGAUGAUCCUAAGGAAUACCGUCCUGUAUGGGAAAAGUGAAGUUAUUUCUAUUAUUGAACUUUAAUAUCGCAGUGAAAGAUUAAAAAUGUAUCGUGUUUGAAAUAGCUUUUGUAAAAUAACUUUAGUUAAACUCCAAAACUUCAAUAUAAAAAUGUUAAUUUGAUUUUUGCUUUCCUGCUGUUGUUUUGGUACAUCUUGUCUCAUUUAUGUUGCCCAUUCAGUUAUAAUAAAAAUUUACACAAUUA